CCGAAAACCCUAGCCGAGAAGGCUUCAUUGGAUUGCAGGACGGCGAUAGAAGGAAGGCUGCGCCGGAAGGAGCAUCCGAGAGAUGGACGGCUUCAGCGGCUUCUUCGUCGACGAGAAAGCUGUUCGCGUUGAGAAUAUCUUCCUGGAAUUCCUCAAGAAGUUUAAGCUUGAUCCGAAUGCUGUCGAUCCCUUCUAUGACUCGGAGAUUGAGGCAAUGAAAUCCAAGGAAUCGACCACCAUGUAUGUGGACUUCACCCAUGUCAUGCACUUCAACGAUAUCCUGCAAAAGGCCAUCUCCGAAGAAUAUCUCAGAUUUGAGCCCUAUUUGAGAAAUGCUUGCAAGAGAUUCGUCAUGGAGCACAAAUCAGGGGAGAAUAGAGCUGCUAUAAUUUCCGACGAUAACCCUAACAAGGACAUCAAUGUUGCUUUCUACAACAUCCCGUUGUUGAAGAGAUUGAGAGAUUUGACGACUUCUGAGAUCGGGAAAUUGACUUCUGUGAUGGGAGUAGUCACCCGAACCAGUGAGGUCCGGCCUGAGCUCCUUCAAGGAGCUUUCAAGUGCAUGGAAUGUGGAGGCAUCAUCAAGAAUGUAGAGCAGCAAUAUAAAUACACUGAGCCCAUAAUCUGUAUCAACGCGACUUGUCAAAAUCGCACUAAAUGGGCACUACUUCGGCAAGAUAGCAAGUUCACAGACUGGCAAAGAGUAAGGAUGCAGGAGACAUCUAAAGAGAUACCUGCAGGUUCUCUUCCUCGAUCGCUGGAUGUAAUCCUUCGACAUGAGAUUGUCGAGCAAGCAAGGGCUGGAGACACCGUGAUUUUUACAGGUAGCGUGGUUGCUAUACCAGAUGUGAUGGCAUUAACUUCGCCAGGCGAGAGAGCCGAGUGCCGGAGAGAAGCAUCUCAGAGGAGAAAUGCUGCCGGCGGUAAUGAAGGUGUUAGGGGACUUAGAGCUUUGGGAGUGAGAGAUCUAUCAUACCGCCUUGCUUUCAUUGCAAAUUCAGUGCAGUUGGCUGAUGGUAGAAACAAUAGCGACAUUAGGGACAGAAGGAUGGAUGGUGAUGAUGUCGACAGGCAGGAAUUCACGCAAGAAGAAGAAGAAGAGGUUGUGCGAAUGAGAAACACCCCUGAUUUCUUUAACAAAAUAGUUGACAGCAUUUGUCCGACAGUUUUUGGUCAUCAGGAGAUAAAACGAGCUGUUCUUCUUAUGCUGCUGGGUGGUGUGCACAAGUUAACCCAUGAGGGUAUCAAUCUUAGGGGAGAUAUUAAUGUCUGCAUCGUUGGAGAUCCUAGCUGUGCGAAGUCUCAGUUCCUUAAGUACACUGCUGGCCUGGUUCCUCGAUCUGUUUAUACAUCCGGUAAAUCUUCAUCUGCUGCAGGAUUAACAGCAACUGUUGCCAAGGAGCCAGAAACUGGCGAGUUCUGUAUUGAGGCCGGUGCACUAAUGCUUGCCGAUAAUGGAAUAUGUUGCAUUGAUGAAUUUGAUAAAAUGGACAUCAGGGACCAGGUUGCCAUACAUGAAGCAAUGGAACAACAAACAAUAAGCAUUACAAAAGCAGGCAUUCAAGCAACAUUGAAUGCCAGAACAUCCAUUCUUGCUGCAGCAAAUCCUACUGGUGGACGUUACGACAAGUCAAAGCCUUUGAAGUAUAACGUGGCUUUACCUCCAGCUAUUCUUUCGAGAUUUGAUUUAGUAUAUGUUAUGAUCGAUGAACCGGACGAGAACACCGACUACCGUAUCGCCCAUCAUAUUGUGAGAGUGCAUCAGAAACACGAAGAAGCAUUAUCCCCUUCUUUCACCAACGCGGAAUUGAGACGCUAUUUAGCUUAUGCGAAGUCAUUAAAACCUCAGCUGAGCACUGAAGCUAGAAGGGUGCUGGUUGAAUCAUAUGUAGCUCUUCGCAGAGGCGAUGCAACUCCUGGAAGCAGGGUUGCUUAUAGGAUGACUGUGCGGCAGCUCGAGGCGCUGAUCAGGUUGUCGGAAGCCAUUGCUAGAAGCCACUUGGAUACAUUGGUUCUUCCAGCUCAUGUUCUCAUGGCAGUGAAGCUGCUCAAGACAUCUAUUAUAAGUGUUGAAUCAAGCGAGAUUGAUCUAUCUGAUUUUCAAGAUGAGGCUGAGGACAAUAGAGAUGGUGCUCAAGAUGCUGCAGAAGCACCUUUAGAUGAUGGUCAAGCAUCAGGAAAUGGUGGUGAGCAAGCAACUGAUAGUCGACAGAAGAAGAAGAUGGUAAUAACUGAAGAGCAUUUUCAAAGAGUUACUCAAGCGCUGAUCAUGCGUCUCAGACAGCACGAAGAGACAGUAAUGCAAGAUGGGAGUGGUUUGGCUGGUAUGAGGCAGGGGGAUCUCAUUGUAUGGUAUGUGGAGCAGCAGAAUCUUCAAGGAACGUACAGUUCUACUGAUGAGGUGCGUGAAGAGGUCAAAUGCAUCAAGGCCAUCAUUGAGAGGCUGAUACACAGGGAAGGCCAUCUGAUUUUGAUAGAUGAUGGAUCAAGUUCAGCUGCAGCCUCGACCGAAGCCGGAGAGGCGAGGAGACCUUCUAGUGAGAACAGGAUUCUAGCUGUGGCUCCUAAUUAUGUAAUUGAUUGAAUUGAAGCUUUAGCUCUUAGAAUGAGAAAUUGAAAUUUCUUGUUAUUGUUUAGUAAUAUGGUUUGUAAUAUUGUAUUAACAAUACAAUAUUAGCUUAAAAAAAUGGAGGCUGGCAGAUUGAGAUUUGCAGUUUAUAUGAAUUUGUUGAAGUAAGU